UUGGCGCUUCUUUCGUCUCCCGCCGCCAUCGUCCCUCACCACUCUCGUCGCUUCUGCCGUCUCCCCCUGUCACCGUCCCUGGUGUAUUCACUUCCGCACCGCACCUUAUUCUCAAACACCGCCAUCAUGGCCACCGACGUCGCGCCAGCCGCCACCGCGCCCUCCGACCUCCCCGUCCGCACCAAAGAGACCGAGAACCAAAGCGUCGAUAUCGUCGCGACAUACCACUCCCUCGUCGAGGACGCAGACCUGACGAAACCCGUCGCCGCGAUCGAAGCCCUCAUCACCCUCCUCAACGCCUCCGGCACCACAACCGUCUACGAAACCCUCGACCUCGUCAAGCGCCACUCCAAACUCCUCCACGCCUCCGUCAAAAACCCCGUGCCCCUCCAGGCCGGCACAGAUCUCUUCCUGCAGUACCUCGUCUCCUCGCUUAAGCAGCAGGAGUCCGGCGCUGUCGACACCUCCCCGCACCAGUCCUUCGAGGCCGUCCGCACCCACCUGCUGCGCAACGGCCGCCUCUUCGCCUCCCGCGCUAUCACCGCCCGCGACCGUAUUGCCGACGCCGGCUGGCGCUUGAUCCGCGACGGCAAGGUCGUCCUCACCCACGGCGCCUCCCGCGCCGUGUCCAGCCUGCUCUUCAAGGCGGCGGAACAGUUCGGCGGAGGCGCGAACGGAAGCGGUGUCAGGUUUAAGGUCGUGUACGUGCGCGACGAGCACCGCCCUGCCGAGUCGGACCGCGUGGUCAAGGAGCUGCGCGAGAAGGGCAUCCCGGUGGCUGAGAUUGCCGAGCCGGCGGUAGCGCACGUAUUGGGCUUGCUGAGGCAGGUACACAUGGUCUUCGUGGGCGCCGAGGCUGUCACGCAGAACGGAGGCAUCAUCUCCCGCAUGGGAACUUAUCAGAUCGCGAAGCUGGCGAAGCAGGUCGGUCUGCCGUUCUAUGUGGCUGCCGAGUCGCACAAGUUUGCGCGCAAGUUGGUCAUCGAUCAGAGGGAUCUCGGUUUCCAGCAGCAUGUGCUGGAUUUCAAGACCGUUGGUGCGAGCGAACAGCCGGAAGAUGCGGUGGACUACACUCCUCCGGACCUGAUCUCGUACCUUGUGACGGAAAAUGGCGUCAAGCUUCCCACCUAUGUGUUCGAGCAGCUGCUCGAAAUCUACGGCAGCUUCGGCAGCUUGGACGUCUGA